AUGUUCCUAUGUCGCCGCGCGCGCGCGCCUGCUGCUGCGUGGUGCCUGAUCGCCGCCGCCAUGGAGGUGGUGGGCGGCGCGCACCAGGCCGCGCCGGCGCCGGCGCCGGCGCCGGGGCACGGGCACGGGCACGGCGGCGUGGCGUGGCACUCGUUCAAGCAGCUGCUCGACGCGCGGCGGGGCAGCCAUGUGACGGGGAUCGCCGAGCUGAAGCGGUACAUGGAGAGGUUCGGGUACAUGGGCAAGGCCGGCCGUGACACAACGGACGCCUUCGAUGAGCAUCUCGAGGUCGCCGUGAGGAAGUACCAGACGAGGCUCAGCCUGCCGGUCACCGGCCAGCUCGACGCCGCCACGCUCGACCAGAUCAUGUCGCCGCGCUGCGGCGUCGGGGACGGCGACGUGGAGCCCGUCGCGCUCUCGCCGGGAUCGGGACAGGGCGGCGGCGGCAGCGGCGUGGUGAGCCGGUUCACGUUCUUCAAGGGCGAGCCCCGGUGGACGCGGUCGGACCCGAUCGUGCUGACGUACGCCGUCUCCCCGACGGCCACCGUCGACUACCUGCCGCCGGCCACCGUGCGGGCCGUGUUCCAGCGCGCGUUCGCGCGGUGGGCGCUGGCCAUCCCCAUGGGCUUCGUCGAGACGGACGACUACGAGUCGGCCGACAUCAAGGUGGGCUUCUACGCCGGCAACCACGGCGACGGGGUGCCGUUCGACGGACCGCUCGGCAUCCUCGGCCACGCCUUCUCCCCAAAGAACGGCCGCCUCCACCUCGACGCGUCGGAGCGGUGGGCGGUGGACUUCGACGUCGACGCCACGGCCUCCGCCGUCGACCUGGAGUCCGUGGCGACGCACGAGAUCGGCCAUGUCCUGGGGCUCGGCCACUCGGCGUCGCCGCGCGCGGUCAUGUACCCGAGCAUCAAGCCGCGGGAGAAGAAGGUGCACCUCACCGUCGACGACGUCGAAGGCGUUCAGGCGUUGUACGGCUCCAACCCACGGUUCAGCCUCAGCUCGCUCUCCGAGCAGGGCAGCACCAGCUCGUCGUCGCCGCCGGCGGCGGGGAGCAGCCGCUGGCUCGCCGGAUCAUCAUCGGCAAGGCUGCUUUGUAUAGUCUUGGUCAUACUUGUGACGCAAUUGUAGAUAGACACAUGUUUUUAUAGCGAAAAAGAUUAACGAUUGGAUAAGAAAGAAGGAAAAAAAAAGGCGUUGUGUAGCGUGAUUCCAUAGAAGAGGAAAUGUCUCUUCUAUUGUGAUUCUUCUAGUCCGAUAGCACCAUUGGGUACAGAUAAUUCAAAGAACUGCUUCUCUUCUCAUUGAGAUUGUUUUUGCAACCAAAUUGAUACAUAAUAUGGCCCAGCUGCUGUACAUAAUCUACCUGUAUCAAGUGUAAUUAUGCCUUUUCUAUCCUAGGAUUAUUAAUGUUCAUUGGCA